CAAGAGCUGGAGGCGGACCAAGGUCUGAUAGGUAGAUGCACCUCAACAAGUCUUAACGAAACCGGAGCUAUCUGCCCAACUCCCGAGGGACCGGAGAUGAUGGAGUGGCUCGUGCUGGCGCUGGUGCUGAGUCUGCCGCCCUCUGUCCGCGCGCUCUGCUCGGCUCAGUGUGAGAAGUGCGCGUUGAUCACCAGGCCCGGCGCUUCUUUCAGCCUGUGCAGUGCCCAGUGCGCGGAGCAGCUGAGUGACUGCGGCCAAACGGUGGACUGGAGCCGAGAGCAACGCGCCUUGGCGGACUGGAGCGAGGACACGGCGGCUGCGGAGGAGGAGAGCCAAGAGGCACAACUGGUCAAGCGCUACGGCGGCUUCAUCAAGAGAAUUGAUCGAAACAAGAACAAGGCGCUCAGGCCAUGGCGCGACAACGCAGUGCUUAAGGCGGUGGCAGAACAGACGUAUGAGGACUUGUUAAAGCGACUCCAGAGAGACGCUGUCAUGGACCAAGACUCCCGGGAGCUCAGCAAACGCUACGGUGGAUUCCUGCGGAAGUUUGGCCCCAAGACCCGGAGGAGCAGUUCUGCGGAGAGCGCACAGGAGAGUGCGGAUCAGAUCCCGGAGCAGAGUCGGGAAGAGAGCUCCGAGGAACCGAGCGAGCUGCAGAAGCGCUACGGGGGAUUUAUGAGGCGGAUCCGACCGAAACUCAACAACCUUCAAUGGGACAAGCGCUACGGGGGCUUUCUACGCCGCCACUUCAAGAUCUCCGUGCGCUCCGCAGAGGAUCCGUACGCGUGGAGCCGGUAGAACCGGAACAUUAUAGGCUUAGUCCUGGGACUGCUCUGUACUCCGCUGUGCUUUAAACGCUGCCUUUGUCUUGUCUUGUGUUCGUGACUCACGGCUGCAUUCAAUAAACGAGCUUCUUUCAUACAACCGUGUCACUUUGUGCCAAACCGCACCGC